CGAGAUAAAGGUUUUUCAACAAAAACCUUCAUUUUUCCCCAGUGUUCGAUUUUACACGAUUUGCGAGCAGUUUUAGGUAAAAGUAACAAUAGAAUUAGGAUCAGCAAGUGAAACUUCGUCGAACGAUAUAUGUAUAACUGGAUGGUUCUCCAAAACACUUUUUUUUGACAAAAAACGUAGAGUAAGGGAACACUCUCGGAUGUUCCGUGAAAAAUUUGACUUCGUUUUUCUCAAAACUCGUGCUUCUCUGAGUAACAGAAACUAAUAUUUUGCCAGAAAAUAUGUUAUGUCCAUGUGCUGUAUGUAAAUUGUCUACUGCUCGGCUAUCUGAGCAAUACACUACAUGCAAAAAACAUGGUUGCAUAAACUUUAGAGAGGAAGAUGCGAAAAAAUAUGUUCCAUUUCAUCCGUCACAAGAAUAACUAAACACGUUUCAUCGUUUUUUUAGGAAUCAAUAUACCACCUCCACCAGUUAAACGUCAAGCCAAAUCUGUUACACGACAAUUAUCUGAAGAAUUUGUCGGCAAUUUUAAUAUGGUGGAUAUUGAACAUCCAGCUUCACCAUUAUCACAGAACAAUAAUUUAUUAUUAACAAGUCUUGCAGCAGGUCCACGUUGUGAAUCAUCAACCAAUUCUGAAGCAAUUCCAUUUGAUGAACUAUCAAAAAUUAUUGAAGACUCUUCACUCAAUCAAUUGAAAACAACGUCUAAUGUACCAACAUCAUCAAGUGAAAAUUCAGCAUCAGAUGUGUGUAAAUCGAGAACUCCUGUUGUAUCACAAACUGCUAAUGAUUAUUUUUCACCAAUUGAUGUAAUAUCAAAAUCAAACAUAAAUGAAUACUAUUUACAAAAUGAUUUUAUACCAAUAUUAAAAGCACCUUCACCAUCAAUUAAAAAUUUAUCAUCAGAAGGUUCUGAAUUAGUCCAAGAUAUUGUAUCAAAACAAACACAUAAUGUUUAUUCAGGAAAUGCUUUAGAAUCAGUAUAUGGAGCACGAUCAAUAUCAAACAAAGAUCUACUAUCAACGAAUUGUCGAUUAACCUCAUGCAUUGAGUCUUCAUGUAUAAAUGAAGAUUUUCCAAUUAGUGAAUUGAAAAUAAUAUCUGAUGUACAUUCAUCUACAAAUAAAAAUUAUGAAUGUAUAUCCUCAACGUCCGAAAACAGCUCAACGGAUAUGGUGGUGGAUCGAGGGUUAGAGCCGUCCAAUAUGGAGAUUGAUGAACUGCCCGAUUGGAUAUUGAAAGUUCUCGACGAACAUAAAAAAGCCAUUGCUACUAUAAAUAGAAAAAUUGACGACCUGACACGUGAAAAAGAUGACCUUGUAAAAAAACAGAAGAAAGAAGAAAAGAAAUUGAUUAAAGAGUGGUUAAUUAAAGAAAACAAGGUAUUAAAGAAAAAACAAAAAACAAAAAAUUAA